CAACUACGAGUAUAUAAAUGUGCACAAUAUUAUGCUUUGUGCACUCACAAUCACUGACAUUCCCACAAUCCCAAGCACAGUACCACCAACACCUCCCAUAAUUCUUUAACUCUUCUUCGCCAGACAUAUAUGGAUGCCGUCGACCACCAGCUCAUGAAAUCCUCAUCAUCGGGAAACCAAAUGGAGAUAAUGACGCUCUUAACCAUGCGCCGCCCCAACGAGCCGCAACCCACCGCCCCUCCCAAUUACUUCUCCUUCUCCGCCGGCGGCGGCCAGGAAUUUCCAGAUCCGCCGCCGCAGCAGCACCACAGCUCCAUGGAGGCGAUGAGGGAGGUGAUCUUCCGGAUAGCCAUGAUGCAGCCGGUCCACAUAGACCCGGACUCGGUGAGGCCGCCGCCGAAGCGGAAGAACGUGAGGAUCUCGAAAGACCCGCAGAGCGUCGCCGCCAGGCAGAGGCGGGAGAGGAUCAGCGAGAAGAUCAGGAUCUUGCAGAGACUGGUCCCCGGCGGGACCAAAAUGGACACGGCCUCCAUGCUGGAUGAAGCCGUGCAUUACGUCAAGUUCCUGAAGAAGCAGCUUGAGUUUCUGGAGCAGGCGGGCGGCGGCGUCGGUGCGGCGGGGAAUCCCGUUAUGGCUUCCGGAUUAUUUCCCCCGUCGAAUGUGAAUUAUUCUGCGGCGGCGGCGGCGGCGGCGGGUUCCUCCUGUCAGGUUUUUCCAUUUAUGGGGGGGUCUCAAUUACAAAUGAUGAGCUAAAAAUAAAAGAUGAGCUAGAGCAUCAAAACGCCGGCUUGAUGAUUAGUCAGUCCCCACAAUCAAAUCAUUUCUAAAACAACAUGAGAUGAGAGAGCACCGGAAUUGAAAGAAGAGGCUAGGGUGGUCAACUUUGGUUUUGUUUGUAAAGCUUUUGCUUAGGCCUACAUGUUUUGUUUCCUCACUUAUCUUUUUUUCUAAAUAAUCUUUCCAUUCCCUC